AUGUAUUUAUGUAGCCACUCGAUAUGUGACAUUAACCUGAGCCCGUCCAAUAUUCGUGAGAAACCCAUGACGCCGCCGCGGACGGUGACGACGUUCAAGUUAUCAUCAACAAAUUGUUUUGACCUUGAAUCCCGAGUAUCCUACUGCAUCCGCUUCUUAUGGCUGUGGUGGCAGCUCUUAGGUGUAAGGACUUUGGUGCUUAGGGUUCCUUUGUCAGCGGGAAUGAAUGGAGAACACAGGAGUCCGACAAGCAGAACGCCGGACGCACAUGAUUUACGCCAUCGGGCUCCAUUGGUGUUCAAAUCGCCGCUGGUAUGCAAACGGGCUGCGAGAGGGCGAAAUCAAAACGCGUCACUUGAUGCGGAAGCUUGCGCCGCAGACCGACUCUUCUCGAGAUUUGGACCCAGAAACACCAUUUGCGUCACCCUAAAAUGGCAGAUGGGCAUGUUUCUUGCGACCAAGGAAGAGAGUGCACAGAACCAUGACACUCAGCAUCAAGACCAAGGUCCCAUGCACUUCACUGAUAUCGACAAUCUGGCCUGGGAAUACGAGGAUUUCCCUAUGAACCAGACGCUCAAAUUUCCAGAUGUAUGGGCGAAGAGACUCACCUCUGGCAUGUCCAAUCUAGAAAAAGGGAUAGCUACGCAUUGGAGUUUUGGCCGCGUCAUCCUUGUUGGUGAUGCCUGUCACAAAUUCACGCCCAAUGCUGGACUCGGUUUGAAUAGCAGCGUACCGGAAGUAAUGAUGCCCCGAGUUGGGAAGAGCAGGCUGACAAGCCGACACUCGAAGGCGCCAACCCCGGCGUACCAACACAAGUCGGUCGGCAUUGAUUUACUACCGGAAUACUGGCAUCCGGAGAGAAAUAGAACAUGCCGAAAGCGUUGA